AUUCUCACGCUAUUGUUUGUAUAGCGUGCUGUUUGUUUGCACAAUACAUUAUCAUGGAGAAACGCAUCGCGCUGGAAAAACGCGGACGCACUGAUGAUCAGAUCACAGAGCUAAUCCUAGACAACUGCAGAAGCACAUACAUCGACGGAUUAACAGAUGAGUUCACUGCUCUCGAGACACUCAGCCUUAUCAAUGUCGGCUUAGUAUCGUUGAAAAAUUUCCCCAAACUAUCCAACCUUCGGAAGCUGGAACUCUCAGACAACAGAAUUUCGAACGGCUUAAAUCAUCUCACAAAAAGCUCUAAACUGACACACCUAAAUCUGUCCGGAAAUCGCAUAGCAGAUUUCGAGGAACUGCGGCCAUUAAAAGACCUGGAAAACUUGGAAUGUUUGGAUUUAUUUAACAAUCAAGUAACUUUAACUGAAAACUAUCGUGACAAAAUGUUCACGCUUAUUCCAUCGCUAUCUCAUCUGGACGGAUUUGACAAGGACUUUUCGGAAGUAGUAUCCGACGAAGACGAAGAUGUUGCUGAUGAUGGUAAUCAACAUCCUUCACAAUUCUCCAUCAACGGUAUCGAAAUCGAUCUCGACGAACUGGAGGAACUUGAGUCUCGUAUCCGACAGAAGCGAAGUAAAAAUGAUGAAAUAGCACCCGGGAAUGCUCUUGAAGAACUUGAGUGCAAUCUCGAGCAGCUUAAACUCGGCACUAGCACGAACAGCUCUGCAGCACCACCAGUAGCUAGUGAAAGCUUUAAAGAUGAUUUAGACGAGUUGUACGAGGACAUUCAGCGCAAACAAGCGGUUGCAAACUUGCGGACAGAAGAGCUUCACCGCCAAAGAGUGUUAUCCUUUGUACCGUUGCUAUUGAUGUUUGCUUCAUUGUUAGCAAUGAUCAAUCAAUUAUGUUUUCGCGAUACGCAACCCUUAUCCGCAGAAAAGGACGAUGAUCACCAACAGUUGAACAUUGAAGAGGCAGAAGAGGAAGAUUCGUGCGAUGAAGAUUCCGACGUUUCAUUAGCAUUCUUGUACAAUGAUCGUUGUGCUGAUGAUGAAGUUGAUGAGGAGUGGAAAUGUGCCCUUGAACGGGAUUUAUACAAUCCUCCGUCAUCCUCAUCUGAUUCGGAAUGUGAAGCUUGUGAAGAAGACGACGAAGAUGAUCAAUCAAUCAGCGACGGCGGAGAAGAGCAGGACAAAAAGGAGCAGGACGAAGUGAAAGAGAAAGAUUCCGAAGGUACAACCGAUAAAGCCGAAGCUUCAUCGAAAACAACGGCGGCAACUGAUGCUACCGAUAAAGACGCCACUGCAGCCACUAAAGAGCACGAAUCCGAAGAAGCACGGGGAAAAAAGCGAAAGCUUGAAGACGCCGAUACCGAUGGUUAAUCGAAUGUCGCCCUUCUGCGCAAACAGGCAGUGUGCCUUAACGGCGAAUUCUACAUCUUAAGUUCACAUCAGCACGCCAGUCUGGAUCUCCAGUUUCAAAAUACACGUCAUAAUUUCCGUGUGAAGAACUUUGCAAGUCUUCGAACGUCUACACAUAGUAUACAAUUUAUGUUUCCAUUAAAUUACAGCAUAUUAGUCUUAACAAGGCGCAGUUGUAGAGAACAGAGAAACACAAAACUUUUUAACAAAGAAUAGUUAAGAGCAUGUUUACAUCAAGAAGCAGUUUUCAAAUAUGCACUCAAUGUCGUGCUUUUUGAGGGGAAAGCUUGCUGGCAUGUGAGAAAAAACAUGGGAAGGUACCAUUCUGUAGUAUGAACAUGAGAAACAAAUAAAACAUUGGUUUGGUCCACUUCAUUGACAGGCAUUGAAAUAUUUAAACCACUUCGUUUUGAAUGUUGAUUUUCUGUCAACGUAAAUUUUCUUAAAUAUAUUUUGGGUUUCACUAAAUUAGUUGAGAACGCGGUUUGUCUUGAAUAUAAUUAAAACCAAACAAUAUACUUAGUGACCAUACGCUAUUUUUUGUUCGAUGUUAAUUGCUGUCCUUGUUGGCCAAUGAGAAUGCUUUACUGAACGAAAUGUAGGACCCGAUAGAAAUGUUGUGGGAUCUUUCUGCCGCAUAUGGGUUUUCAAAUAAUAUUAAUCAAAAACCCUUCGGGAGUAAUUUUGCAAAACUGUGGGUAAUUUUUUCUUAUUUUCCGAAGUAGUUCCGAAGUUUUCUGUUCGUUACUCCAUGAGUACAGCGUUAAUCUGCACACGAAAUAGAACCCUAUCCUAUAUUACGUUUGCUGGCAAUUCCCGAGGUAUGUACAGUUAAGUAUCAAUAACACCUCUUACGCGUCAUUGGGUUCUUUUAUGACUCAUAACUUGUUUUUGUAAUAAACGUACAAAUGUUGAGUUGCGAGAAGUAGAUUUGUAUACUAUAAGGUUUCUUUUUAUACGAAUGGGCAGAGCCAAUUUUUCAUCAAAUUCAUGUUCCAUUCCAUUCAUGUUAUUGCAGGGUCGGGAUUCGAACUUACGGCCAUCUGAAUAAUGGUUAUUCGAGCCACUACUUGCGACAAAAAAAAACUGACGCACGAGCAUUUCAAGAUAAUUGCAGCGUAAAAAAGUAACAAACAAUUUUACUUUAUCCGUCGACAUAAAAAGUUUAAAAGUUUUACAAGUGAAAAUCAAAAAAGGAAGAUAUCAUUAAAAAUCUACACUUCUACAAAAUAAGCAAAGGACAAAGUGUGGUGACAAAAACCAAGAUACCAGUUACAAAAUCCAGACCAAACAUGAACGGAAGGAUAGGUAGUGAUAACAUGGGAUGGCCCUGGAACACAGUAUCUAUCCACGGUCAUUGAAAUGAUCCAUAAGAGCCCAAACUAAUUGUAUCAAUUUUUUGUAUAAUACGAAAAUAAAUAAUUCAAGCAUAUUUUGGACACAGUU